CAAAAUGAUAUGAAAUUUGGAGUUCAUGAUAGAAAAAUACAAAAAAUCAUAAAAGUUUAUUUAAAUCUUUGAGUAAAAAUAAUCUGCUCUCAACCUCAUAAUGGCAUCAAAAGAACUAUUAGCGAAACUUCCAGACAUACCUUUGGCAAAACCUGGUUUCGGAGCUCUGGAUAUGACUGCACCAGUAUUAGUAUCAUUAAAUCCAGAUGGCAAUUGGCAAAAGAGUAAACCAAAUUGUUUAGACGAGGAACAACUGAAAGCCGUGGUGGCACAUUUAGUUAAGUCUAAGGCUGUGUCCGCAGCCCAAAGCUAUUGCUGCCAGUGCGCCGCUGAAAAGAAAGACGGAGGAUCAUCUAACUACGUCCCGGUUAUAAUGAUGCCACUCUAUCCAGCUGACCAAUGUCCAUUCGACAUGAAUUGUGAAAUACAGAAAAUGAAAGAAACACAACCUAAGAAAAAAGCAAAAGCUAAGGCUGUCGCUGAAGCGGAUAAGGAUGACAAAGAGGGCAAAAAGAAAAAGAAAAGGGGAUUUGUGAUGCAGCGCCUCAAUGAUUUCGAUUUGUUGUCACAGUGGUAAUUUUUAGUAGGUAUGGUGUCGUCGUGUGGGUGUCAUGUGAACAUGUUAAAAAGGUGGAACAUAAAGUUUUGGUUUAUCAUAUCA